UUUUUUUUAUUGUCGCUGUGGAGAAGCUGUUUGGAAGUCCUUGAAAAUAUAACAUACACAGAGUUUAUUUAUCAAAACACGGGGCUACAACCAUGGCAAGAAGAUUAAUAUACCCGCUGUACCAGAUCGGGAACCCCCAACUGAGGAUCUUCCGGCCGCCAUUCUCCCUGACUCUGGUCCGACCAGGGAAGGAGCAGCCUCAGGACACAGUGCAGUUCAGAAUCCCCAUGGAAAUGACCAAAUGUGACGUGAGGAACUACCUGGAGAAGCUUUACAGCGUUCCAGUGGGAGCUGUCCGCACAAGGAUCCAAUACUGUACGAAUAAGAAGAGAAACCACCUCAACCAGAAAGUGAAGAGGCCGGAUUAUAAAGUGGCCUACGUUCAGCUGGUGCAGCAGCAGACGUUUGAGUUCCCUGACAUCUUCACCGAGAAGGAUGUGAAGUCAGCCGAGGGCUCGGUGGAGGAGAUGCAGGAGAAGUUCAUGGAGGAUGAGAAACAGAGGCAGAAACCGGACCUUCGCAGGGGAGGGGUCACAGAGUGGUUCGGCCUCUAGAGAGAGAGUGUGUGUGCGUUAGGAGAUAUGCACUGCUGGUGUGUGGGUUUGUUUGUGAGAGAGUGUUAAUAUUUUGUGUCAUCAUGUACAGAUUUGUAUCCGCAACAAGUCCGUUUGGUGGAAACACCACUGGUGGGAAAAUGUGCAUCUUUUCUUUAUGCCGAUUUUGGAAUAUUCGUAUGAAAAUCUGUCGCCAAUUGGAUGGAAACCGAGCUACUGUCAUUGUACGAAUGCAACAUGUGACCAAUAGCUGUUCAGACAUAAUAUUAAUUGCUGAAAUUACAAUGGAAAAUAAUUAAAAUAAGGUUUUUCAACAUUUGAGACAUUCUCUGUUGUCAGGUAACACCACUUAUACCAGUGUUGACCGACCCUCCUCCUGGAGAACUAAUGGGUGUCUGGGAUUUUGCUCUGAACCUGCUGUAAACACACCCGAUUCAACAAGCCACUGUUUUAAUGAGAGUAGCUGAAUCCUGCUGAUCAACUGUCAAAUCAGUUGUGUCAGAGCAGAGCUAGAACAAAACCCUGCACCCCCUAGUCGUUUUCAAACAGGAGGGUUGGCCACCUCUCCCUGAAGGACAAGGCUACUGUGUGGGGAAUGUGUUUUCAGUGCUUCUCAAUCUGUCUGUGUGAGUGUUUUACCGUACGAUUCAGUUCACCUCAAUCUGUCUGUUUGAGUGUUUUACCGUACGAUUCAGUUCACCUCAAUCUGUCUGUGUGAGUGUUUGACCGUACGAUUCAGUUCACCUCAAUCUGUCUGUGUGAGUGUUUGACCAUACGAUUCAGUUCACCUCAAUCUGUCUGUGUGAGUGUUUGACCGUACGAUUCAGUGCACCUCAAUCUGUCUGUGUGAGUGUUUGACCGUACGAUUCAGUGCACCUCAAUCUGUCUGUGUGAGUGUUUGACCGUACGAUUCAGUUCCCCUCAAUCUGUCUGUGUGAGUGUUUUACUGUGAACUACUGUACAAGGAGAAGCUAAUAAAAAGUAACCUGUCAGGC